AUGCCGGCAGAUCGGGUAGAGCGGAAGAAAAAGACCAAGACACCAAAAAGUCUGCCGGAACCAGGAGAUCCGGACCGGAAAAGGGUCCUCAAUGUCCUGGCACAGAGAAGAUACCGGGAGAGGAGAAAAGCGAAAUAUGCGGCAUUGGAAGCACAGGCCCAAGGCGUGACCACAUCCGCGAUUGCGUCUUCAAGUACCCCAGACGUAGUCACUGAAAUCCAGCAUGCCAGUGCGCAGGACCAAUCGGAGAGCACAAUGAGCAUGCCCCAGACGAUACCCACAGUAUCGGGCGCUUCGGCAGACGAUAAUGAAUUGAUCGAAGAGAUCAUUAGGGACACUAUGCCGCAAGAGGAAGGUUUUCCGCUAAUGGAUGGCUUUGACCAGGAGUUCUUCGACGCGCAAUUGCUUGAAGAUAUCUCUACUAUGCUGGAUAUCAUGAACAAGGUUUGGGAUCCAUUGUACGUCCACGUCCUUCCACCCGUCACACCACCCGGUCUUCCUCCCAACCUCCACCCCACAACCGCUCAGAUGACCAUCCCACAUCAUCCCUUCCUCGACGCGCUGCCCUGGCCUUCAGUCCGUGAGAAGCUGAUCUGUAUAUUCUCUCUUCCAUCUUUCGCUCGGCCUCCCAUCGCGCAGGACGACGGUGAAGAAGGGCCAACCAAAGCCAUCAUGAGGCUAGUGACGGAUCUCGAUGACUAUCGGGAUGGUGUGAGGAUACAUGGGAAUUUGGUCGGGUGGGAGGCGAGCAGCGAGCUGGCUGAGGAGGCAUGGGAGAUUGGAGAGGUGUUUUAUAAGAAUUGGUGGUGGUGUCUUGAUGGGAAGAUUAUUGGAAUCACGAAUAAGAGGAGAAGGGAGAGGGGUCUGGAGCCGUUGAUAACGAUGUACUGA